CUGCGCGGCCUCCCCUUCGCGGCUGCCAAGCGGCCAAGCCCACGGCAUCUGCCACUUGUCACUCAACCCGGCGGCACCGCCCCGCGCCUUGAUUUAGGCGCUGCGGGGCGGACUCCGGCCUCACUCUCCGGCUGGACUGACGGACGGAGCGGCUCUCCUCUUCUCUCCUCUCUUCUCCUCUCUUGUCUCUUCUCCUCUCUUUGCUCAUCUCAUCUCGGCUCGGCUCAUCUCAUCUCGGCUCGGCUCAGCUCAGCGGCAUCUUCGCGGCACUAGCCCGGAUUUGCCGCUGGUGGCCGCAGGGCGACGCGCCUGAGCUGCCUCGCCUGAGUUCCGUGGACUCUCGACCCCGAAGGUUUUACAACAGAGUGUGUCCAGGUGUGGCCAUUUCAUCUAUCCUGAAUUGAUUGUGUUUCCUGUGUCUAAGGUUGUUCCUGCCCGAUUGAUAUCAUAGUCCUCGUUGGCUUUUGUUGCUCUACCUUUGAUGUGGCCUCUGUUUCACAUCUAAAACUCCUCCGAACAUCAAACUUAGCAAGGUUUUUGCAUAGGAGUCAGAGGAGUUAAUCCUUUGGCGCCUGUGGCUGAAAUCUGUAAUUUUGGAAGAGGAGCUGCGAGUCUAGAGUCAGCUGCGCGGAGCCCUUGCUCUAGGACAGGUGACCUUCCCGGCGCACUGCCAGACUUCGAGGUGAGAGGUAGGUAGAUGGGUUUGUCUGGAAUUGGAGAGUUUAGAAUUAAAGGUAGAUAAUUUGGGAGGCCUGUGAUCCCAAGGAGUAGUUGAAGCUUUGGGUUAGGAACAAGGUUCCCCAGGGGCUGUGAGGAAAGGUAGAGAGCAGGUCUGUUCAGAUUCCUGGUGACCCUUUGCAACAUGUUCCUGUGUGUGGUGCAGAUGUGAAUGUUCCACUGAGGGUCUUCCCUUCAGAGACACAGCCUUGUGGUCCACUGUGGUCCACCUCGCUGAGAGAAGGCUUUGUUGUCCGCAGUCUCCCCUAUAGGGCCGCUUCUUUCCAUUAGGAAUGAUGGGCUUUAGGAAGUAAAAUAAAAUACUUAGUUGAGAAGCUUUUCAGAAACAAGCCUUGUCCGUUGUCUGCCUAGAUUAGUGUUUCAUGGGAAACCAAGGCAGAAUCCCCACUGUUUGGGGCUUGCUCAGUGCUUUCCCACUCAAAUCAUUAGAAAUAAUAAUAAUAAUGAAAAAAGUCAAUCUGAAGAAUUUCCUUAAGCAAACUCAGGAGUAGCUAGAAGUGAAUGAGCUGAAACUGGAGGGAAAUCCCUUUGUUCAAUUCGGGUUUCAGUGAAGGCUCAGCAGGUGGUUAAACCAGUUCAUUAACAGAAAAAGACAUGUUUUUAAGCUGCCCUCAGCAGCAAAUGCCUAGAAAAACAUAUUGGGACAACAGAAAAGGACAUUCCAGAAGUCAUAGGCUCUAGAUUCAUGAAACUGUAGUUUUUAUUAUUAAUGGAGAAACAGAUCAUUUACCCCCAAAUAUUUCCCCGUUUAUUUAAAACCAUUAACCAGAACUAAUCUGGCUGCCGCAUGCCAGUCCUAUUCCUAGAAAAAAUGUGAUUUUUCUUGCCCCUCAGGAGCUCAGAAACAUUUGUAUUUAGGAAUGUUGUAUGUUAGAGGGUCAUUUUUUUCCAUGACCAUUUUUUAAUAUACUCGACACAUUAAAUCUUUUUCCCCUGAUUGUGUAAUCUAAAUUCAAACCUGCAUCCCGUCAGCCUUAGGUGUGCUUUUUUUCCAAACUGUCUCUCUUCUGUGUUCAGUUGUCCUCCAUCACCCAGGAUCCCCCGCUAUCAGGUUCUCCGGGCAUUGUUAACUAUCUAAGCCUUAGGUGGGGGCUGAGAUGGCCCGUGGGAGAGGCCAGGGACUUGGUCUCCUCCCAGCCAGGGUUCUCUGCCUCCACUAGUGCUGCUCCCAUUGAACAGUUCAAGACUAAGCUCCCGUGUGAGCCCUCGGAGGCUGUGGAGCAUUGUUGAAUUCAGAAAGGCAUCGCUUUCUCGUAGUGAUCAUUUGAAUAUUUUGACAAUGAGGCUGAGCUACUCCGCUGCCUGGUUUGCGUACCCCGUGUCAUGUGCCCCCUUCCGAAGGGAAGCAGAAGCUCGCCUCGCCUCCCUGAACUCAUAAAGCAGCAUUGUCUGUGGGGAGGCCGGUGGGAGCAAAGGGAGAAUCAUCCAGAAGAAUUUCACUCUCUCCUGUUUUCUAAAGCCCUUAAAAAAAAAAAGUAAUCUAGGCCUUUGGAGACCAUGAUACAUGUUGAGUACUUUCAGAGGAGAGACGGACCAUGAAGAUGAUUUGUGAAGUGUUUAGACAUGCAAAGUGAGGAAUACACUUAAAACAAAUUCUCUGGAUGAUUCAGACAACCUGCUCACUCCCCCUUUUUUUCCCCCUGACUUGUGAAAGGUUAUUUGAAAGAUUUAGUUGUCUAAAAUGGCCUGCAUUUUUCUGAUUUUAACUAAAAGGGAUGUUUUUAUGCUAAAUAAACAGACAGCCUUUUUUGAUUAAAUUAAGAAAAGGGGCAACCAAGUGAAAAAAAAAAAUCAGUUAGGUGAGCUCUAUUUGGCUUUGUUUCCUUAUAUAUUUACCUUUGUACUGGGCAAGGAAAUCCUGAAAAGCUUUUCACCUAAGAGGAUCAACGGGAUCGGAUAGUCUUAGUUGGAAGAAGCCAAGCUUUAUAAUUAAUUGGUGAACAGAGAUACCGGUUUUCAAAUGCUCAUCAGGGAUCAGUAGUACAAAGCUGGCUGCAGUCUGGGCCCUGGGGGCAUGGUAAAAACACAAACCCCAGGGCCCAGGUGACACUGUGCCAGCCUGUGCCAAAGACUUCCCAGGCAUUCUAGCCCAUGGCCAGGUUUGGUGACCACCGAAUUGUCUAUUCAGUGAGGAGCCUUCAACCCAUUUGAUAAAUGUAGAUGUUUAUAUAGAGCUUUUGUUAGAAAUGAACCCCUAGUAGCUAUUACUGACUUUUCCAGUUCAUCAUUUGUUUCAGGUUUUGUUAUUGCAUAGAUUUGCAUGCCUGUUUUAUGGUAUUCUAAUACUGUUGAUUUAAAAAAAAAAUACCAUUUCCUCCGAGUGCUGUUUUGAAUAUUUUUAUGUAAGCAAUUGCAUGGGUUGUUUUUUGUUUUUUCAUUUUUUCCUUCUACUUGCAGAAAGCAGGGGAAGAUUUCAGGGUUUUUCUAAUCCAGUUGUAAGUAGGACAAAGAAUAUAAUGGAAAUACUUAAAGGUCUUCUUGGGCAAGAUUAUAUGAAAUACUGAAAGUCUGCUAACUUGCAACAUUGUGAACUUUAUGACACUGUUUAAAUAUAGCAGAUGACCCACAUGUUUUAAGGCUUUUGCCAUGUGGUAUUUCUGAGAUAUUUCAAAGUCAAGGGUGGUAGAUCAAUUGAGGCAUUGAGGGUUUUAAAAUUUAAAAUCAACUGAUCCUUUGUUAAAAUGCAUGGAAAAUGUUAAAAAAAAAAAAAAAAAAGCAGUAGAACAUGUCCUCUGCACGUCAUCGGUUGAGUGUGUGGGCUCUCAAAGGGAGGCUCCUGUGGCCGGGAUGGGCGAUGUUUUCCCAGCUUCAUUCACUGACACCUUCCUUCGAGAUCUCUCCUCACAGGCGUGACUCCUCCCACCCUCUGAGAGGCCUUCCCCACCGCCUGAACACCGACACCAGCAGUCUGCAGAUUACCUUUCUACUCCUGGAAUCUCAUCUGUGCCCAGACGUUCCCCUCUGAGCCUGAGACUGCACACACCCUAGGCCGUGGGACAGCAGGAAGCAGAGCUAGUGGCUCCUGAGGCCCAGCAUUCAGUCAGCGCAUCUGAAAAGGAAGGUGUGAGAAGCAAAACCAUGGCUGCUGCCUACCUUUGCCAGGUCUGUGGCCAGACGUUCCUCUCCCGAGAGAAGUUCACUGUCCACGGUCUCACUCACACCAAGGAGCGGCCUUUCAAGUGCCAGCACCCCGAGUGUGGCAAAGCUUUUGUUUCCAGAUAUAAGCUGAUGAGGCACACGGCUACCCACUCGGCCCAGAAGUCUCACCAGUGUGGUCUGUGUGAGAAGACGUUCAACCGGAAAGACCACCUGAAGAACCACCUCCAGACCCAUAACCCCAACAAGGUGCCCUUCGUGUGUGAGCAGUGUGGGAAGAAGUACCACACCACGCUGGGCUACAAGCGGCACGUGGCCCUCCACAAGGCCAACAGCGGCGACCUCACCUGCGGGGUGUGCGCCCUGGUGCUCAGGAACACCGAGGUGCUGCUCGUCCACCUCAAGACCCACUCCGAAGACAAGCCCUACGCAAACAAGCAGAAGAAGCACCGGUGCGACCACUGCGAUAGACUGUUCUACACCCGGAAAGACGUGCGGCGCCACAUGGUGGUCCACACAGGCUGUAAGGACUUCCUGUGCCAGUUUUGUGCCCAGAGAUUUGGGCGCAAAGACCACCUCACUCGCCAUACCAAGAAGACACACUUGCAGGAGCUGUUGAGAGAGAGUAUGCAGACUGGAGAUUUCAUGAAUCUCUUCCACACUCUCUCUCCUCAGUAUCAGCUGAAGGCAGCCGCACUGGUUCCUUUCGCUCUAGGAGCUGCUGUGCAGAAUGGGCUCGCCGGCGGCCUGCCCCCUGAGGUGCACACCCUCAAUCCCAUGGAGCCACCCUGCCAGCCUGUACCACCGCUGCCAGAGCCUCUGAUCCCCCUGGCUCCCAUGGCGCCUCCCAUGGCACCUCCCAACCCUCCUCCCCAGCCCCUCCAGGAUCACAAGUACCCCACUGCUACCUCAUACCCCCCACUUGCCAACCUGCCGCUCAAAGCGGAUACUAAACCGUUUUGCAACAUCAAUUUGGUGGAGGAGGUGCCUCUGCAAGAGCCUCAGUCACCUCACAGGCUCAACCUGCCCAGAGAGCUGCCCAUAGAUGCUGUGAACAUAACCAUACCUGCCUCUCUGGAGAUUUCCCCCCUGUUGGGCUUCUGGCAGCUGCCACCUCCUCCUCCCCAAAAUGCCUUUGGGAAUGGCGCCCUGGCUCUGGGGCCCGGGGAGCCCCUGCCCCACAGGCUCGGCUGCCUGGGGCAGCAGCAGCAAGAGCCCUCCCUGGCCAUGAGUGCCAUGGGCCUGGGCCAGCUCCACCUUCCACCCCUCCCCCAUGUGUUCCCAGCAGGCACUGGCACUGCCAUCCUGCCUCAUUUCCAUCAUGCAUUCAGAUAAGUGGCUUAUAAAGCACACUUAUUCUGGAAGAGGUUUUAAGGAGCAUUUUAAGGUUUUAAGGAGCAUUCUAAGGUUUUAAGGAGCAUUCUAAGGUUUUAAGGUGCAUUUUAAAAGUUUUAUGAAGCAUUUUAAAUGUGAGUUGUAAUACAAGGAAAGAUUUGGAAAGCAGGACUGGGAAUAUGGCUUAAUCGGUUAUGACUGGCUUGAGAUAAGAGUUCUAGAACUGCAUGCAUCGUGCCAAUCUGUCCUGAGUGUUCAUGAUUUGUUCACGCUUUGUACCAAAUGUAAUAGCAAGUAUUCUUUAAUGGAACUGCAACUGUUGUCAUAACCGACAUCCAGACGAGGGCUGCUAUAUAUAGUUGUCAAAUUGAGUUUAAUCGUAAGCCACGAUCAAAUCAUGUUGGCUAAAUAACUUUAUGUAGCACAGCCUAAGGAGGGGACUAUGGGAAGGUUUGAAUUUCUCCAAAAUGGGAGAUUUUUUUUUUCUCUUCUUUUUAAGUACAACAAUAACCUUUAUAUUGCAUAUUAUAAGUAGGCUUUGUAUUUUUCCCCCAUGAUUCUUCUUUUAGUUGGAUGUAGUGUGGUUAUUAUUGAAUAGCCAACCUGUACUUUUACAGAAACAAUUUCUUGUGGAAUAAUAGGUGUUUCCAUUUUAAACAAACAUUUUAAAUGUAGUUUGAAUAUUUUCCACAAGAUGCUACAAUGUGAAUUAUCACUUCAUUUAUCUUAAAGACUAAACUGGUUGUCAGUUACAUCUGACAGAAAAAAAAAAUCACUGUGUAACCAGGUUAAGUGAUAAAAUCAUCCAAAUGUCAGUCAAAAAUAGUAGUUUGCUGACUUUAAUGUUGAUUAUGUUUUAACGGGAAUUUAAGAAAUAUUACUGGAAUUUUUAAAUAUAUAUAUAUUAAACAAGAUUUUUUUUCUUUGCUUUGUCUGGCUUAAAGUACUGCUCUGCUUAAGUAUAUUUUAAUCACCAAAAAAUAGAUGCAUUUUAAAAUUUAUCAUGUAUUUCAAUAUUAGUUUUACUCAGAAUAAGAUUUUGCAAUGUAACUGUAAUCUCGAAUUUGUAUCUAAUGAGUUUUAAGAAUAUGAAACCUAACCUUUUUAAAAAAAAAUUCCUUUGUCUUUUGUCUUUAGAAACACUCUGUAUGGAAAUAUAUCUUACAUAUAAUAAACACUGCAAAUUCUGA